AUGGGAUCAGCAAUUAAUCCACCAUUUAAGAAUAUAUGCAUCCCGGGGGACAUUUACGAAGUGACAGGAUGGGGCGACUGCGCUCGCUGUUCAAAUUGGUGCAAAUCCGAAUGUAAUAGAAUGGGAAGUUCAUCAGUGGUUAAGAAUGAUUGUAAAGAUUAUGUUGGUAAGAGGUAUCCAGGGAAAGAGUGUUUCUGUUGCUGCAAAAACAUUCGACCAACAGGAAGUUCUAAAGCACCACCCUCUGUACCCCUUCCCCCAAACGAACCAAAUUUUGGACAAAUGUCACCGCCUCUGCAAGGUGAAGGCGGUGAUGGAGAUGGCGGUGUGGGUGAUGGGGAUGGAGGAGGAGGUGAGGAUGGUGGUGGAGGUGAUGGGGAUGGAGGUGGAGGAGAGGGAGGUGGUGGGGAUGGAGGAGGAGGCGAGGGUGGUGGUGGUGGUGGAGAUGGUGGAGGAGGCGACCGUGGAGGGGGUGAUGGUGGAGGGGGUGGCGGUGGAGAUGGAGGAGGAGGUGGUGAUGUUAUUAGUGGUAGAGGUGUUUUGAUUUGGGCUAAUGAUAAUAAAUAUGAUGGUCAAUGGGAAAAUGGUGUUCGUAAAUGGAAUGGUACUUUUACUUGGCCUGAUGGGAGUUGUUAUGUUGGUCGUUGGAAUAAAAAUUCAAAGGAACCGAUAAGGUCAUUGAGUGAAGAGAAUUUUUUGUUGAGUACUAAUACGAAGAGAUCUUCUGUUGAUGGAGGAAAAGGAAGUUUAGCUGAGAAGAAUUUUCCUAGGAUUUCUAUUUGGUAA